AUGACUGAUUGUAAGCCGUUAAGUACAACUCUUCCAACUAAGUUACUACAGGAAACAUCCAAUGAUUCAGCUUAUGACCGUCCAGAACAUUAUCAUCAAAUUACUGGAGCCCUUCAAUAUAUGACGAUUACUCGGCCAGAUUUAUUAUAUGCAGUCAAUUAUCUCUAUCAGCAUAUGCAUUCACCUCUCCAAUCUCAUUAUUUGCUGCUCAAACGUGUUAUAUGCUAUGUGAAAGGCACAUUAGCUCAUGGCUUACCAAUUCAUUCCUCCUCUCUAGAGCUCACUGUUUUUACUGAUUCUGACUAG